CUAAACCAAACCUCGAACAGUGUUGGUACCCUAUCGAGUCAAAGGGUCGCGACGAAGGCCGACCGCCCCCGAUGCGCCAACUCCGCAAGUGGAAGAUGACAACGUUCUUCAUCUGCCUGCACUUUGCGCUCCAACUUUUCCUGCCUUACUCACACGGCAUCACCAAGGGUUACAACACCUGGACGGAAGGAAGCUACGGCUACUCCUGGGACAUGAUGGUCCACAACUGGCGGCCCAUUCACAUCAAGACUGUGCUCUACGAUAACAGCACCGGCAAGGCGCACUUUCUGAACCCCGAGCAAUUCACUACCUCCACAAGAUGGUACCACCAGGCAGAUAUGGUAGUUCAAUUCGCACAUUGUGUGCGGGACAGAGUCCGCCAGGAGUUUGGAAUGAAGAACGUGGAGUUCUACAUCGACGUCUGGAUGUCGCUGAACGGACGGUUCGCUCAAAGAAUGUACGAUCCUACAAUUAACAUCCUCGAGCAGCCCUGGUCGCCCUUCUCAGGGGUUCCCUGGGUACUCCCAGUGUUAACCAGUCUCAAUGACUGGAGGAGCAACCUAGAGAAAAUUCGAAAUGAGGUGUUCAAUACGUCAGUUAUGGCUGAUGUCGAGUUCAUCGCAGAUUUUCCAGCAAGAGAACAUGAAGGCCAACUGUUGGAACCAUAUCAUGUUCGUCACAAAAAGGAAAUCAUAAGCAUGCGACACUUGAUACAGUACAUCGAAAACUGGAAAAUCAGGUGA